AUGUUGGCGCCAACCCCGCCUGUUGAUGUGGGCAGCAGGGUGGCUCUGCCGCCUGCGACGCUCAGAGGUGUGCCGUUCACAGAGUUGGCAGAGCUCUGCUUUGUGGUGCCUCGUGCGCGGGAGCAGCAGCAGCAGCAGCAGCAGCAGCAGCAGCAGCAGCAGCGGGACGAAGAGCAGCUGGAGGAUGCAGAUCAGAAGCAGCCUCGUCGCAAGCGGAAUGGAGGGCCUCAGCCAUUGGGCGGUUCUCACGCUGGCUGGCUGCUGGCCGGCUGCUCGUCGUCCGGCGCGCUGGCUGUAUGGGACAUCGACCGCGGGCAGCUGCUGGUGGCCGCUUUCCCCUGCCUGUCCGGCAUGUCCCACCUGCUGCCGCUGCCGCGGGCCCCCUUGCAGGCCGCGGCUGCACCUGGCGCAGACGCGGCCGACACUGCUCUGGGCCCCGGCCAGCAAGGGGAGGCGCACCUGCCGCUCAUCAUGCUGGCACGCGUCGCAGCUUCGGGCGGCGAGGGCGGCGGGGAGCAGGGGCCCGGCGCGCAAGGCGGGCUGGCGCCGGUCGUCCUGCAUGGGGGGGGCGCAUGGCUGGCGGAGCCCCUGGCGCUGCGCAUGGAGGUGUCUGCAGCAGCAGUGCACAAGAGCGUCGCGGCAGCCGUUUCGGACGGCGGCGGCGUCGUGGCGUGGAACGCUCUGGACGGACGAUGCCUGAUGCGUGGCCGCCUGCCGUCAUCGGCCAAGCCAGGCGCCUCUGGCGGCGGCCUGAACGGCCCGCUCGGCACAACUGCAGCCGCAGUCGUGGAGCUACAGCGUGCGUGUGUGGGCUUCUUUUCCGAGAGGUUGCUGAUGAUCGGCACUAAGCAUGGGGCGCUGCACAUGGUGCAGGUUUGA